AGUUCUCCACUGUUCUGCACACAGGUGCGCGCAUUCACCUGUCAACGGUGCACAGACUGCACACAUGUGCGCGGGCGCUUCAUGCGAAUGACACAUUCAAACACACGGGAAAAGGUGGCUAAUUGAUUAACACAUGAUGGAGCUAAUUGGAUCCACCCAGAUGGCCACUUAUGCUCGGCCCAAAACCAGCCACUUCCUGCCGGCUAUAUCCACCACAGCAUCCAGUUAUAGGAGCCAUCAGCCAGCCCUUACCAUCAACCAGAAUUCAAACAUGCCCUGGAGGACUAACUCUUACUUUAGAAGUGGCAGCGCAAUCCCGACCGUAUCAGCACUUCAAAGAGACAACCUGGACUUAGUCCGGGCCAAAACCAUGUUCUACCCCUCUAACAGGACGGCUCUCAGUUCACGAUACAUGCCAGAGGACUGGUACAAGUCUAACCAGAGUAACUACAGGGAGUCAGAGUCGUCCCGGAACAGUGCCGAAAGGCUUCGGAGAGACACGAUGCGACUGAUUCAGGAUAAGGACCAGCUGACUCGCAGGACUCAGGACUCCACCAGCAAGAACAUUGGAGAAAGGCUGAACGACAUCAGCUUCUGGAGGUCUGAGCUCAAUCAUGAGAUAGACAACAUGGUGACAGAGAUAUCAGUACUGACGGAUGUGAAAAGAAGGCUGGAAAGAGCACUAGCUGAGACAGAAGGGCCACUGCAGGUGUCUCAGGAAUGUUUGUUCCACAGGGAGAAACGGAUGUCCAUUGAUCUGGUUCAUGAUGAUGUAGAGAAAGAUUUGAUUAAGGAAGUGGAGGUGAUUAAGUCAUGUCAGGAGAGAAUGAGGCGACAUUUAGAGCGAGCUAUUGCUCAACUAGCGUCGAAUCGUGCAGCACAGCACGAGCUGGAGAGAGAUUUGAGUGACAAGGUAACAGCUCAGAGAAUCGAUGACAGGUGUCACCAUCUCAGGAACACCUCUGAUGGAAUCAGCUACUAUAGAGGAAUCGAUCGCCUGGACCCAUCUAUCAGUCUUCCAGACUCCUGGUCGAAGUUCACCGACGACAACAUCCUGCAUUCUCAGAGCCAACGCGCCGCAUCUCACAAACUCCGUGAUGAGAUUGAGAUUCUGCUCAAUGCCACUUCAAAUGAGAUGUGGAACCAGUUUAACACCGUAAACGUGUCAUUCACCAACCGUAUCUCUGAGACGGCAGACACCAAGAACAGUCUGCAAACUCACCUGGCCAAGACUCUUCAGGAAAUCUUCCAGACUGAGAUGCUGAUUGAAGCUUUAAAAAAGGCAAUCCGAGACAAAGAGAACCCACUUAAAGUGGCCCAAACCCGCCUGGAAGAGAGGACUCGCAGACCCAACGUCGAACUCUGCAGAGACAACCCUCACCAUAGGUUGAUUACAGAAGUGAGGGAGAUUGAAGACACCAUUCAUAAGCUGAGACAGAGAUUGAUGGAGGCCGAGAACACCCUGCAGACCCUGGUGAAGACGAAAGUUUCUCUGGAGCAUGACCUGUCAAUCAAGGCCAACUCUCUGUUCCUGGAUCAGGAAAAAUGCAUGAGCAUGAGGAAGAGCUUUCCCAGCACUCCUCGUCUAGUCGGAUACACCUAGAUCCUCCAGAACCUUCUCUAGAAGCU